UACACAUGUAAUGAUUUUGUUUACCGCAUCUACCUUUAUUCCAGAGCUCUCUGACUGCAUUGGCUGUCGCCUUCCGAGCCAUUGCAAGGAGAUCACCUCCUCUUCUUCUUUGGACUUCUUCUUAGUCUACCAUUCUCAGUGCAUCUCAUUGCAACAAGCGUACGACAAUGACGGCUCUACCUCCGGCAAUACAGCACCGGAUAGCUCUCGGAAUCGCCAUUAUCUUUGUUAUUGGCGGAUAUGUGAACAAGUUCAGUGGGCACGAAUUGGUGAUUUUUCGAUCUACCGAUUUGUAUUCUCAUACUCCCAGCUCGGGCAGUGACUAUCGAGCUUUUAUCGGACUUGCUUGCUACAUCCUACCACAGGGCAAAAAGGAUCUUUGGGAGAAUGGUGAUCCCAUUGAAAACGUUCCAGGAAUCCAGGUACAAGAUUUUGACACGGGAAAAGCACUGGUUGAGACGAUCCGAGGAGGAGGCAGUACUUCUUCUUCUUUGAUCAAAAAGGACGACCCGAGAAUAGUAGCUUUGAAAGAAAAGUUAGCAGUGAGACAAAUUUCAAUCGAGGAUGGAUUGCAUGUCCAGUGGCUGUCUGUGGCAAUUCUUGCCAACAAUACGCAAAUAAGCUGGUGGGACUAUCUUACGUCAACAAAGCCUCGUGUUUCCGUUCUCGCCUACGAGAGCUAUAAAAAGCUACAAACCAAUUUGGAUCCACAAUACUGGGGGGCCCUCAUGCCAGAAGAUUCACAUUACCAGGAAUCCAUCAUUUACUGGAUACUCAUGGCCAUACCAGCUACAUUGUUGGCGAACGACCUAAGACCCUUUGGUCCAUCCUCGAAAUCUGCCAGAGAAGCUCUCUUCCGGCCCUUCAGCUCUCCAGUGGCUCUUCUAUUCAAACGAUACCUUGCAGAUGUAUUUUUUGAAUGUAUUACACUGGAUGGGGCGAACAAGGUUUAUCAUUUACCUGGAUACCACAGCAUUGUCUUUUUUCUGCUUGCUCUGUUGGACAGUUGGUUUUUACAACGAAAGCUACACAACAAACAGUACAUGGCUCUGUCUUGUGGUCUGAAGCUUGCAGGUAUCGUGGGAGUUACAAUCUAUGUUUAUCGAUUUGAGCUUGAUCGUCGCUACGACACGGCCCACCUCAGUAUUGAGGCACAGUGGACAAUGGGCAAUCUGGCCGCACAAAUCUUGGCAAUGAUCUAUGGCAGCCAGUACUACGAAACCUUGGAGGCUGCAUUCAACAAGCUCGUGUUGUCCCUUCACUUGUAUUCAGCGGGCUGCACCAAAUUGGGAGAGGCCGGUCUCGGCUGGGUUGAUGAUCGCUAUAUUGCACAAUUGGCUUUGCGGGGGCAGUAUUCCGGCGCAGCCAUCAAAAAGUACCUCCUUGCAGACUUGAUUUUGCAAACGCCCGCCUUCUUCAGAGCUGCUGGCAUGGUUGUAGUUUUUGCCAUGGAACUUACGGCGGUGUUCUCGUGGUGGAACUAUGGCAUGUGUCUGAGGAUCUGGGUCUUGUUCAUGCUCUCAUCCACCUUGACUAUUGGCGUGCCCUUUGCGCCCCAAGCAUUUGGUCCUCUGUCAGGACUGCUCAUCUACAUUACUCAGUGGGGUGUGCUGGUAGUUUGCGUGUUUUGCUUGGUAGUCCUGACUAUCGGAACCCGUUUUCUGGUGAAAGAUGACAACGGCAAAGGAAAGAAGUGGGUUGAUCCAUUCCUCCUUAAAGAGACGAUGGUUGAUAAGCUCGGGCCAUUCGGUAUUGGAAAACCGAAAGCAACGAAGUCCAGCAUGCGAAGACAGCACUUAGCCGCUCAAUCCGUCUCGCCGAUCAAUGAAGAACGCUGAAGAGGAGAAACUUAGAGCAUGCUGGUGUCACGGGGUGCUGAUCAAAGACUCGACUCGUUCCUGAUUAUGCCAACAUGCAACGCAACGGCAACUCUGCGUCUUCUUGCUUCAGGAAUGCUGACUGUUCGUGUGAUACGGUGGGGACCUCAUUUGCAAAUGAAAGAAAGGGAGUAGAUGGCACCGUCAUACGAUUUAGCAAAAAGACUAAAGCAAGUUCACACUCAAACUGCCGAAUGGCUAAAACAAAGGCUGGACUCUGUGGUAGCAUUUUGGUUGUUUGACUUUUUCAUACCCCAUGGGGAUCAUCAGUGCUUGG